AUGGCAGAAAUGGAAAAGGCAUUGCAGACCGGUCACCGCACGCAUAGUUGCGGAGAGCUUCGGAUAGACCAUGUGGACUACAAGGUUACUGUUUGCGGCUGGGUUCAGAUGUCUCGGGACAUGAACCACUUCGCUUUCGUAGACCUUCGUGACCGCUAUGGUAUUACUCAGGUCGUGUUUCCCAAAGAUGGAGCAGACGAAGCCGGACUCCAGCGCUACGAGCAAGCCCGAAAUCUUGGCCGUGAGUUUGUGGUGAAGGUGACUGGAAAGGUGGUGGAGCGCAUCAAGAAGAAUGCAGAAAGAGCGACUGGUGACAUUGAGAUUGUGGCAGACGAGCUCCAAGUUUUGAAUUCUAGCUCCACCCCGCCAUUUAAGAUCGAGGAUCAAACAGAUGCCAACGAGGACACCCGAAUGCGGUAUCGAUAUCUGGACAUUCGACGGAAUCCGAUAAAGGACGCCAUUCUCCUUCGCAACAAAGUUACACGAUUGGUGAGAGAUUACCUGGGAGACCGUGAUUUUUGCGAAGUUGAGACGCCGGUUCUCAUCAAGUCCACACCUGAAGGUGCCCGUGACUUUGUGGUGCCUUCCCGGAUGAACCCUGGGCAGUUCUACGCUUUGCCACAAUCGCCACAGACCUUCAAGCAGCUUCUUAUGGUGGGUGGCCUUGAUCGCUAUUUCCAGAUCGUGAAGUGCUUUCGCGACGAGGAGUUGCGGGCGGACAGGCAGCCAGAGUUCACGCAGAUCGACUGUGAAAUGUCCUUCGUUCAGCAGGAGGAUGUUCUACGGAUCUUUGAGGGCAUGAUUCGGCACAUAUUCAAAAGUCUGUGCGGUCACGAGUUCCCGCCUUUUCAACGCAUGGAGUACAGCGAGGCGAUGGACCGGUUCGGGAUCGACAAGCCUGACUUGCGCUAUGACAUGGAGUUGGUCGACCUGACAGAUGUGAGCAAAGGCAAGAACUUCAAGAUGUUUGAUGAUGCGGAGAUCGUCCUGGGGAUGUGCUGCAAGGGUAUCGGAGCAUGGUCUGGCAAGAAAGUGAAAGAGCUCGAAAAGAAAGCAACAGGACAGGAAGUAGGCGCAUCGGCAUUGGUCUGGCUCAAGAUUAGCCCCGAUGGGACAUAUGAUUGCUCCGCGAAGAAGUUCUUCAACGACGAGGAUUACGUCAAAUGGAUUGAGAAGGCCAAUGCUAAGCCCGGUGGGUGUGGUCCUGGAGAUAUUCUGCUGAUCAUUGCAGGGCCGAAGCUAAAGACGCAGGAGUCCAUGGGCAAGUUCCGGCACCUCAUGGGAACUGAGCUAGGCUUGCGAAGCGAAGGCUUUCGCGCUCUCUGGGUCGUGAACUUCCCGAUGCUGGAGUGGGAUGAAGAUGAGGAGAGAUUCACAGCAAAGCACCACCCCUUCACAUCUCCGUGGACAGAGGACAUCGACAAGAUGGCAAGCCUUGAUCACAAGGAUCCAAAGCUGGCAGAGGUUCGGGCCAAUGCCUAUGACAUGGUGAUCAAUGGUGUUGAGGUGGGCGGAGGAUCUGUGAGGAUCCAUGAGCGCCCCCUGCAGGAGAAGGUUUUCAGUGUGCUUGGCUUCAGCAAGGAGGAGGCAUUGGCGCAGUUUGGCUUUCUGAUGGGUGCCUUCGAAUACGGAGCUCCUCCUCAUGCUGGCCUAGCUUUUGGCUUGGACAGGCUUUGUACAAUCAUCGGUGGAAAGGCAACAAUUCGCGACUUCAUUGCUUUCCCGAAGAACAACAUGGGUAGAGAUACAAUGAUAAAUACACCUGCGGCCAUCACUUCUGCGCAGUUGGCUGAAUUGAGCAUUGACACCACUGUGGACGAGGAGGGGAAGCCAAAGGCAUCUGCUGGCUACCCCGCUUGA